AUGCCGAGCAAGAAGGCCACCAGAGACUUCCGGCUGGGGCGGCGCCUGGUGGAGGCGGAUCGACAUCAUCGGACGAGCCAGUGCGGCAUAACCGGCCUAUCGAUCGUGUACGACUCAGGGGCGUGCUGGCUUCGUCGCAUCAUCUGGCUCCUGGUCAUCACCAGCCUGCUGGUCUGGCUGUUCUUCCAGCUGCAGCACUGCAUCGAGCGCGCCAUGGCCGGCGGCACGGUGCGCAGCUGGUCCCACCAGGUGGUCACCAACAUCACGGUGCCGGCCAUCACCGUCUGCCACGGUAACGCCUUCAAGAAGAGCCAGGUGCUGCGGCACGUCCAGGAGAACGUCACGUGGUCGGACUGGCGACGCCGUGGCUUCAGCACGCUCAACUGGACAACCUUCGACGGCCUGGAUGACUUCUAUGGCAGGGUUACCUACCAGUGGGAGGACAUGGUGAUGAUGUGCAGAGUGAACGGCAAGGCCUGCAGGGAAACAGGGACGCUUCAGCAGGCAGGAUCCGUGCAGCAUGGACUGUGCACCACUUUCAGCACCAAUGAGGUCGUCACCACGCGCUUCACCGGCGGCCAGAUCGUCCUAUAUUUGGAGGAACAGGAAACUCUGGGCGACUUCGAGCACGACGGCUGGUUGAUCUACUUCCACGGACCGGACGUCGCCUUCAACGACAUAGUCUUGUUCACCGGCCAAGCCAGCCGCGUGCGGGUGUACAAGAGCCGAAAGCAUCUUCUGAAGCUGAGUCGCGUCACUACCACACAGCAGCCUCACACGAGCGGAUGCCGCCGCGAAGCAAGCAACCUCCAGUUCAAGCUUUGUCUCGGGGAAUGCAUACUGGGCGCGAUGCAUGCGGACAGCACUUCGUGCUCAGUGCCGUGGAUUCCGCCUGCGCACUACCCACAUGGCACGCGAUCGUGCGCAAGCUUCGCGGAGCUCCGCAACGCCAGUCGGGACAUGGUCCUCGGCAUCUCGGAGGACGACUACAUCCGGUGGACGAGGAGCUGCUGGUGCCCGCCGUCGUGCACCACCGACCAGUUCGAGAUCGAGGGCCAGGAGAAGUGGCACGCGGCCGAGACCUCCCUGUACGUGGACAUGCCGUGGCUGAGGAACCGCAGCAUGGCUGUCCUGGAGCUCUGGCUCUCCGACGUCGUGGUGCACAUCACCGAAGUGGACGCCUACCCGUUCCAGACGUUCAUGGCGGAGGUGGGCGGCAGCCUGGGCCUCAUGCUGGGCGGCUCCCUGUUGACCCUGGUGGAGUUCCUCGACUGUGCGAUCCAUUCCUGCUGGCGGAAGAAGAAAGCUGCGAUCCACUCCUGCUGGCGGAAGAAGUAA